AUGAAUUUUGUUACACCACAAAAACGUCGAGAAUGGUUAAGUCAAGCCGAAGAUUAUGCUGACGUCUUCCUUCAAAAAACCAAAUAUGUCCUUCCACAUUUGGCACGAUUAUGUUUAAUCUCAACAUUCAUCGAAGAUGGCAUUCGUAUGUGGAUGCAAUGGGGACAACAGAGAGAUUAUAUCAUGUCCUCAUGGAAUGUUGGCUGGUUUCUCGGUACACUUUUUGUCAUUACGAAUCUCUUCGGUCAAUUAGUACCCUGUGGUAUGAUCUUAGCCAAAAAGAAGACCGAUAUCGCAUGCGGAAUAUUGUUUUUCAUCAUUGCACUUCAAUCCAUUGCAUAUCGAAUUAUCUGGGAGCCACGUUUCAUGCUUAGAUCUUUAUCACUUGUGGGUGGUUUAAUCUUAUUAAUGGUUGAAAAUCGUAAAGAAGCUCGUACUUUAUUCGCCGGUGUACCGACCAUGCAUAAUAAUGCCCCGAAAAAUUACAUGCAAUUAGCUGGUCGUAUUUUACUUGUCAUUAUGUUUUUAACCAUAGUUCGUUUGGAACUGACAUUUACCUCCACACUUCAAAAUCUCAUCAGCGGUGUCUGUAUUUUAUUUGUUGCAAUCGGUUUUAAAACGAAAUUAUCGGCUUUGUUUCUCGUUAUCUUUUUAUCCAUUGCCAAUGUCUAUGCGAAUCGAUUUUGGAGUGUACGAGAACAUCGUGCAUUGCAUGACUUCUUGAAAUACGAUUUCUUUCAAACGAUGUCGGUUAUUGGUGGACUCUUAUUUGUGGUUGCACUUGGUCCCGGUGGUGUAUCGGUCGAUGCAAGAAAGAAGGAAUGGUAA